AUGCUGUGUCUCUGGGAGGAGUGGAGCAUUCAAGUUUUUGUACUACUCGGCUUGAUUUUCCAGAUGGUUCCUGCUGUAUUAGGAAGCCGCAGAAAAAUCUCAAGUGCCAAGACAAUCAGAAUCGUUAUUUGGGCAACUUAUUCGCUUGCCCCUCAUGUCUUGACGCUUGCGCUCAACAAGCUCACGAGCGUCAGCCUUAUCAAGUCCAAGGAAGAGUACUACACCGAACUAAUAGCACUGUUGGGGCCGUUAACUCUACUGCUGCUGGGGGGCCCAGAUAGUAUCACGGCAUAUUCAGUGGAAGACAACCUGCUUGCCUUGAGCCGCUUAUUGAACCUCAUCAUCACAUUUCCUUUGGUAGUGUGGAUCCUAGUGCGAAGUUGGAAGACCUCCAGCCGGAUGAUUCUGUGCUUUGCCAUGUUUGUUGCUGGGAUUAUGGAGUAUGGAGCAAAAAUUUGGGCACUCUAUUCUGUGCAUCACGAGAGCAAGAAGAUGAAGCUCCCUAAAGUUGUUUCUGAUGAAGAAUGGGACAUGUCAUCUGCAUUGAUGAACUUCCCUAAAGAUUAUUCCUAUGCAGAAUGGGUAGAGUCCUUUGAAUCACGCAUGCUCUUUGCACGGAUGAACUUACCUAAAGAUGUUCCCCAUCUGGAGAUUUUCUUUAAGGCUUACUUUCGGUUUGAUUGCUUAAAGCCUCACCUUAUGGACUGGCUGAAGCCCCCUGUCUUCAUGCGGCAUCCUGGUUUGUCGAUCAAUGACUACAGCCCUGAAGAAGUAUUCUUGAUAACCGAAAUGGAACUUGGGUUCAUGUAUGAUGUCCUCUACACUAAAGCGCCAGUUCUUCAAACCACAGCUGGGAUCACACUCCGCAUCAUCAGUAAUUUCAGUUUGCUGUUGGCCUUAGGCGGAUUCAUGAGGCUUUUCUUUAAGGAACACUUGAGAGAUCCGCACGUUAUCUACACAUUUGUGCUGCUGAUAGGAACCGUGCUUCUGGAAACUUAUCAGUUGUUCAAGCUAUUCUGUUCAGAUUGGGCGAUUAUUAAGUUGUAUGCUAAGUACCAUGAGAAACCAAUGGUCUUGAAGCUUUUGAAAUCUCUUGUCAAGCGAUCUCUGAAGAAGGAAAGGUGGUCUAACGCAAUUCCGCAAUUUAAUUUUCUGGAUUUCUGUCUAUCUGAUGAACAGCCAUGGCUCUUCGGAAUCAUCAAACUCUCCGACAUGGCCAACAAGUUGAGCAAAUAUUUCGCAACACAUUCUGUCCCAUUUCCCCUUUACUUGAAAGAGAUAUUGCUUGAAGACAUGAAAAAGAUUGAAACAAAGAGUAACUGUCGACCCUUCACGAAAAGAGGUCAAUGGACGCUUGGCAUUCACGAGUCUCUGGAUAAGCUCAAAUGGAGUAUCGUGAUGGCAUUUGAUAGAAGCGUCAUCGUAUGGCACAUUGCUACCCAAAUCUGCAACUACUCGUGCCCCGAAGAUUCAAUCCGUAACAAGGCAAGCAAACUGAUAUCAGAUUACAUGAUGUUCCUUCUGGUACAACAUCCUCACAUACUCUCUUUGACACCGGCGGCGGCGGAUAUCACUUUCAGUCACGCCUACACAAAGUUCAUGAAGUUCCUGAACAGAAUCCCCCAACAUCAGCGCGGCAAAGGGAAAGUCCUGGAAGUUCUAUCGGGGCCUGAGCGCGUGCAAGAAAGUGACUCCGAGAGGAGCCUCGAAUCAGUAAUCACUAGAGGGUGGAAUGUCCUUGAGGAAGCGCAGAAACUCGCGAGAGAGCUGGGACAUAGUACAGAUACAUGGGAGCUCAUCUGCUGCGUUUGGGUUGAGAUGCUGUGCUUCGCGGCGUACAAUUGCCAGCAAUACCAGCACACGGAGCUGGUGAGGCGGGGCGGAGAAAUCAUCACUCAGGUGUGGCUCCUCCUUUCUCACACGACGGACAAGCUCAACAUCGCUAAGUAUAUGGAUCGGGACAUAGAGAUUUAA